AUGGAGAUCGCCGAUCCUUGCCUUGCAACGCCAGACCGACAUGGCAUUGACAUGGACGCGGCUGACAGUCGCCGGGUCAAGAGUAUGCCAUACGCUACAGAGGAGGUCUGGGACCGUAUGCAAGCUAUCAUUACCCGGCUCUACCAAUCCGAAGACAUGUCGUUGAACGAGGUCAAGGGCAUUAUGGAACGCGACUAUUGUUUCUACGCUACACAAAGGAUGUUCAAAACUCGGAUCGUCCGAUGGGGACUAGAUAAGAAGCUAAAGGAGAAGGAAGUCAUGCACAUGCUGAAGCUCAAGCGGCAGCGGCUGGCAGCUGGUAAGGACUCAAGCUUCAGAGUCCGCGGCCAGAAUAUCAACUGGGAUCGCGUUGAGCAAUACCUGAAACGCAGGCCCGACUUGGUGAUGCAGUGCUUGGAGAACAACAAGCACGCGCCAAGUCAGCAGAGGUCAGAACUUGAGAUUAUCUGCCGGACCCCUUCCCCGACACCAAAAGCAGCAGUCCAGAUCCCUUACGUCCCCUCCCUCUUGGAGCCGACCCUUCACGUGGAAUUACAAGAAAAUGUUAUGCGGAUAUUUAAGAGUCACCACACUGGAGCGUUCGAAAGCGGCGUGUGGGUCUCAGAAGACAUAAAUCUGUCAAUAUUCGAGAAUCUACGGUUUGCUUUGUUUACCAAGUACACCAAGAAGUUCUAG